AUGAAGGAAAAUUUUACUGCAAGUGAUGGUUGGCUCGACAGAUGGAAGGAGAGGAAACGUCAAAAGCAGCGCGAAAAGUUCUGCAAAACAAUCUACAGCGGUUUCUUGACUCUCACAGAAUGCUACGAGUCGUUUAAUUCAUCCCAAAAUAUUCCAUGGGAUACUGAAGAUCCACUAAAUAUUUUUGACAGUUCAGACUGGAUUGGUAGCGGGUACAGAUUACUCAACAGCACUGCCGAGACCAAUCGAUCCGGUGAUGGCAACCUAGACAAUACAUUAACACCCGUUUUGGCACCUUUCAAAUUAUGGCAGACCAUUUUAAUUGCCAUAAGUUUGGGAAUUUGUAUUAUACUUACGGUGUCGGGAAAUAUUUUAGUUUUACUAGCUUUCAUCGUUGACAGAAAUAUUAGACAGCCUAGCAAUUACUUUAUAGCGUCGCUAGCAGCUACUGAUAUGUUGAUUGGAAUCUACAAGACAGCCUUUGAUAUGCAGAAAAAGAGCGAAGCCAAACAAAGGAAAAUGCAAUCGAUGGUAGCUCUUAGUGCCGGAGCUAUGAGUGGCAUGGCUGGUCGAGCUGCAGGGAUCGGUCUUUCAAAGGCUCAAAGUAAUUCGGAGAGCCAAGACAAACCUCUUCCUGUCCAGAAUGCUUCCGUUGUGAAUGAAAAACAACCAGACAAAAAUACGCUUACAGUUAUGGAUUCGUACAGGGCUGGAGGAUCGGGUGAUUCUAAUUCCAGUACAACCACUAAUGCUACCACAACAACAACUACUACCACCACAGCUACAUCUUGCGAAAGGAAAAAUCUUUGUCCUCCCAUUGGAAAACCUGCCCAAGACGCUGGAGAUAAAUCGGAACGGUCUAGUAGUCCUGCCUUCGAAUCCGAUGAAGAUAGUACAGCGCCUGUUCAAGAAAAAGACAAGGAAAAAGAAAAAGAACGCGAAAGAGAUAGGGAAAAAGAGAAAGAUAAAGAAAAGGAUAAAAUGUUGGCUAAUAAAAAGAGAACGUCUGUUGUAGGAAUGAUCAUGCAUUCAAGUGCCCCUUUACACGUUUUUACAAACACAAGAGUAAAUGGGGAUUUGUCUCCUGCUAGAGGAGCAGCCAGGAAUUCACAGACCCUACAACGGCCCGUACUCGAGAGACCUACCCUUCUGCAAAUCACCGAAAGAGAUCCCUUGGUCGAUUCAAAAAAAUCAAAAAAUUAUACGGUAGGUGUAAAACCCCCUCCACCUGACCAUCCAGCUGCCAUUGUAAAUAGCAAAAGUUACGACAGUACCCUGCAACCACAUGUAGAUAGUAAAAAACCCCCUAACAGCUUAAUUUAUAAAACCCAUUCAACUUAUGACCUCCUGCUAGGCUUAGACAGCGCCGACUUGCGUUAUAUGGAUGAAAGUUCUGUAGUAGUUCCUUCCCCUACUUUAGAAAACCCCCCUCCGCCUUUAAGUAAUACAAGCUCUCCUCAUAUUGUGCAGGGUGAGCAGAAACUUCAGACUGAAGUGACAAUUAGUGCUGAUCGGCCGAUUACAUCAGUGGUCAAUGAAGAGGAUCGUGUAGGGGAGACUGAAGAUAGUUCGCCGCUAGGGGGAAUCUCAGCUAUAAGUCAAACAGGUAAAAACGGUCCCUUUAACACCUCUUGUAAUAAUAAACCGAGGUUUUGUACAGAAUCCGUAGACAAUCCCAAAAGAGUCUUCGUUAAGUCAAUAGGAAAGAGACUGAAAGCCAAAAAGAAGACUUUGGGUCCACUAGGCUUUGGUAGACAAAAAUCCAAAUCAGAAAAUCGAGCUAGAAAAGCCUUAAGGACCAUAUCCUUUAUUUUGGGAGCAUUUGUCGUUUGCUGGACGCCAUACCAUAUCUUUGCUUUGGUCGAGGGGUUUUGCACAGAUCCGCCUUGUAUCAACAGCCAUAUUUAUAUGUUCUCGUAUUUCUUAUGCUACGCAAAUAGUCCUUUAAAUCCGUUUUGUUAUGCUUUAGCCAAUCAACAAUUUAAGAAAACAUUUACUAGGAUUUUGAAAGGAGAUUUCCAUUUAACUUAG